AUGGUAAUUGCUAUCAAAAAAUUGAGCCCCGAGAGCUUGGAAGGAUCUCGGGAGUGGCAGCUCAAUGCUAAUUUAUUGGUGCAAUCAGAGGUGAAUUUCUUAGGAAGGCUCUCUCAUCCUAACCUAAUCAAGCUGUUAGGCUACUGCAGGGCGGACAGAGAGUUACUCCUCAUUUAUGAAUUCAUGCAAAAAGGCAGCCUAGAAAACCAUCUGUUUGGAAGGUGGUUAGCUCUUCAGCCACUUCCAUGGGAUAUACAGCUUAAGAUUGCAAUUGGAGCAGCUCGGGGCCUGGCAUUUUUGCACACAUCUGAUCAGCAAAUUAUUCAUAGAAAUAUUAAAUCCUCCGAUAUACUGCUGGAUGGGUCCUAUACUGCCAAGAUAUCAGACUUUGGCUUGGCGAAGUUGGGUCCAUCAGCUAGUCAAACACAUGUGACAACACGAGUAAUGGGCACGUAUGGUUAUGCAGCUCCAGAGUAUGUUGCCACAGGGCAUCUGUAUGUCAAGAGCAAUGUGUAUAGUUUCGGUGCUGUUUUAGUUGAGAUACUAACAGGUUUACGGGCACUUGAUACUACUCGUCCAACUGGGAAACAUAAUCUGGUGGGUUGGAUCAAACCAUAUCUAUCAGGAAUAAGAAAGUUGAAACAAAUCAUGGACUCCCGGUUGGCGGAAAAAUAUCCAUCCAAGGCUGCAUUCCAUAUAUCUCAGCUUGCUCUAAAGUGCCUUGCAGCUGAACCUAAGCAUCGACCAUCAAUGAAAGAAGUUUUAGAAAAAUUGGAAUGGUUUGAAGCUGCCAAUGAAAGACCAAGGGAGCCUAGAAAUCAUGCUAGUCAUCCUAUGGUUCAUCGACAAGGCCAGCAGCCUUUGCACCAUCGUUCUCCACUUCAUCCUAGACUGGAUGGAAAUCCAGCCUACCAAAAUUCCUCCCGAGUAAUGUGACUUUGAUACAUCUGCUACAUGCAAGCAUAAUUCUUCACUUGUAUGCUGAUUGUUACUCAUGAAAAACAACAAUUCCCACUUUAUUUUUUAAUUUUGAUUAAUGUGAUCUUUUGUAAGUUACAAUGAGUAUUAUUAUUUUACUGGUGACUUGUAUGUACUGAAUGAGUAUUUAGCAA